AUGGACGCCGGAGGUGUUUUGCAUGCAAACGGUACGGCCAUUUUCAGAAUAUGUGUGACAGGCCCCUCCGGCGUCCUGCGAAUCGAGUCCAGGUGGUGUCGUCUGGAGUCGACGUCGACUCCGAGAUCGAAGACCACGUCUUCAGCCUCAGCUCUGCAGCGAGGGAGGGACGUUUUCCCAUCCAGUGGCCUUGGCAAGCUGAAGCAGUUCCAGCUGCAGCUGCACAUCGAUCCCGACGUCCAGCCAGUGGCCCAGAAGGCGCGACGGAUCCCAGUGGCGCUCCAGAAGGCUGUAGAGAAGAAGCUGGAGGAGCUGCUACAACAGGAGAUCAUUGAAAAGGCAAACGGACUCGUUGAGCGGCAAAACCGGACGCUGCUCAAAGCGAUCAGAGCUUCAGUGGCGGAGCAGCGCGACUGGCGGGAGUCUCUGCAGGCCUUCCUGCUGGCGUAUCGGACCACGCCACACCCGUCCACCGGGAAAAGUCCGGCGGAGCUGAUCUACGGCCGGGAGCUGAGGACCAAGCUGCCGGAGGUCGAUCCGCCGCCAGCACCCGGGCGCCGAGCGGUGCAGGCGGCCCAUGAUCGUAGCGGGAAGCGCGGCAAAGAGUAUGCGGACAGGCGGCGACGCGCAACGCCGCAUAACAUACGCGUGGGUGACAAAGUGUUGGUUCGUGUGCCCCGUAAAGUGGACAAACUGAGUGCUGCGUUCUUCAGGGAACCGUAUACUGUCGUCAGUGUGAACGGUUCACAGUUGACUGUAAGGCGGCCGGGGGACGGGAAACUGUUCAAGCGUAACAGCACUUUUUGUAAGAGGAACCCAACGAUGCCUGCCACUCUUCAGUUUCAGGUGCCGUCAACGAAGACCAAAACAGCCACUGUGUCAGAGUACCUGGAGAAGCUCACGCAACGGUUGAAACUGACCCACGACAUCGCUAUCCAGUCUUCCAACAGCAGACAUCAGCGCAACAAGAGGCUUUACGAGAAGAAGCUGACACAGCAUCAGUUCGAGGAGAUGAUUAUGUCCCACCGGCUCCUCUUGGCAUUUCAGACGCUGAUGAGCCUGCUGGCGUGA